AUGAAUCGCUUCAAGGUCAUCCUGAAGUUCCUCCUGGACCAGAAAUCCACUAUUGGGUACAGCUUAAUGGCUCUGUUUACUCUAGGUGGGGAGCGAGUCUUCAACAGGGUCUCCUUUCAGUGUCCUUGUAACCACCAGCAGAACUUUGCCUAUGGGCUGACCUUUCUUCUGGGCCCAGCUGUGGUUCUACUUGUUUUGGGUCUGUUCCUUAGUACCAGAUUCUGGAAGCUCUUUACCGGCUGCUGUCUGAACCCAAAGAAGCUUCUCCCCAAGAAGAACAACUGCGAUAGCCUUCCAGAGCUCAUGAGCGUCUUCUGGGGGGCAUGUGUGGUCCCCAUCAUGUGGCUGUGCAUUGCCCUCAUGAGCGGGACCUUCUAUGAGUGUGCAGCCAGUGGGCUGAAAAAACACCUUGUGGUGGAUCACUUCUGCAAAAACAAGACAAUAAAGUGUCUGGAGGAGUUGGCCCAGGUUCCCUGUGAACGCUCCAAACUGCCCAGUGAGGAGCGUGCAGAGCUUCGCCUGAUGUUCAAGGCCCAGUCACAGGUAAGAUAUACAGUACACCUGAGCAUCCCACCAAUCACAUAGAGGCCCUCUUUUCUGCCUGUGUAGUGUCUUAUGCAGAUCUGGAGGUGCUCUGUCUGGGUAAAUAACCCAUGAUGUUGUUUUUUUUAUGCCUGGUAUGAAAUCAUAAAUGUAUAACACAAAAUGCUUGUUAGUGAUACCUAUGAACACAAAUUCACAAACAUUUAAGUUUUGCAGAAUAAUUUAGACUUUGUCACAUUAAUAAUAAAAUAAUGUACUUUUACUUUGAUAUAUUGGCUACACACUCAUCCCUACUUUUACUUGUCAGCAGUGUAUUUGAAGUUACUAAUUUUUACCACUGUCACUCACAAAGCAUCAGUAUGACUAAGCAAAGAGGUGGGAUCAUCUGAUAUUCAGUGUUCAGUAAUUACUGCAGUCAGUGCUGUUGUAUUUGUGUAACUGUGGUGGUAACAACAUCAGCUGAGCAGUACGAUGGAGCAACUAAGCUUUCAGGUGAUAAACUGAGGUGUUGAUGCCAUUAUAAUAAUAUAAUUAUUAUUGAAAAUAACAGCCCUUUCUAAGUUUAUUUUUUUUUAACAACAUAAAAUCAGAUGGUGAACAUCAAAACCUCUUCACCGCAGAGGAUAAAAUCUUUUUUCUUUUGUAGUGUAAAGGGUCAUUUCAAAGAGCUUGACUGGAUCUUUCCAUUCAUUUCAUUUACCAUGGUAAAGCAACUGUUUUUCAGAUGGAGACUACACCUAUUUACUCAAUGACGGAGGUAUGGCAUAAAACAGCUGCUGCUUGUUUUAUCCUUUAAGAUACUGCCCCUCUGAUUCUGCUGAAGAAAGUUUCCUCUUUCUAAUGAGUCUGCACAAACUCUGCAGAACUGCUGUAGUGCACCAGAACCAACAAAGUCAACGCCCUUUAAUGUAUUUUAAGAAAUACAUUAAUUGCUGUUGUGAGCAGGUUAUGAUAGGUGAACACUGACUGAGGCAUCCCCAGACCCCUUUGGUGGUGCAAACAGCAAAAUAACAUUUAUUCAGAGAUUUAGUCACAUUCACCUGCAGGUUUUUACUUAAAAAGAAGAAGAAGAGAUAGGAAAAUAUAUUGUGCAAUCAUUUUUUUUUUUUUUGGUCAUUUAUUGUUUUUGUAUUUUUCAAAGAUUAAGAAAAGGAAGAAAGUUAAAAGGGAACUUUGAUUUUUGGUUCGCAGCAUUUUUUUUAAAAAGAUAUAUGGUCUUGGUCUCACCCCAAUCUCCACCUGCUCUGGUCUCAGUCUUGCCUCAGUCUUGAUCUCUUGCUCUUGUUCUGGUCUUGGUCAGUGUGGUCUUGACUUCAAUGCUAGCUCUUAGAGUUCAAAUAUCAUAGGUAGAACGGUUGUAAUAGAUUCAUCAUGCUCAGUUUAUUCUAGCAUUAGUAGAUCUGUGCUUUGUCUGCAUAUCAAUACAAAGGUGAUUAAUUUAAACAUGUAACUACUUUAAAUUUAUUUAACUGUGACUGUUACUUAGGCGGAUGGAAACUUGUUCCAAAAAAAAAAAAAGAAACUUGUUCCAAAAAAAAACGUCGAAAACAUCAACUUUGUUUUGGUUGUUUUUGACUGUUUCUGUAUUUGAAUGGGAGCAGAGAAAUACCAAUGGACACCUUUGAUGCAGACAGGAUUUCUGUCAAAACAGGGGGAAAAAUUGUUUCUCAAAGUAAAAUUGUCUCAGUUUUACUUUGAGCAAGGAGGUGAUUGAAUGUGUCCCAACAUACGGAGGUAAAUUGAGAUAAAAGCACAGCCAUGAGACCUGAGACUCCUUCAGACAAGUCAAAUGUGCACACGUAAAAUCAAGAUUUUUGCAGUGUGUUUCUUGCAGAUGCUCAUAUUGUGAGAUUGAUAGUUCUGUGAUGUAUUGUGCAGCCAUAAUUUAUCCCCUCACUUUCUCAAUUAUCAGUUCAUAUCUCUCCGUGUCUCUGCACAGAUCUUGGGCUGGAGCAUCAUCAUCAUUGCAGUCGUUGCCGCCCUCCUGGGAAUCUGCCUCAGAUACAGUUGCUCCGAAGUCAGCUACCUGCAGCUCACCUUCUGGAAACACUACAUGGAGAAAGAGAAGGAACACUUAAACACCUUCACUGUGAAAUACGCUUCAAAGCUGGCUAAGAGGAACAUAAAGAGCUUCUUUGAGAACAAACCCCCUGGCUUGUUCCCCUUACAAACUCACGAGGCAUGGAAGAAGAUCUCUACAUACAGCACCUUCUCCAAAGGCAAGGAGUGCUACAGCAAUCUACACCAAUACGUGGAGAUGAGAGAUUGGGAUUUGUCUCUGGAGGAGAAACCUGUCCAGGACUAG